AUAAAAUUUGUAUAGCGUGAUAUUGUACGAAUUUAGAUAAUGAACAUCCGCAUUAUCGUUAUAUUCGUGAAUAAGAAAUUAAAAUAAGAAACCAAUAAUCAAUUUCAAGAGGCUUAUAUAUACCAGAUCAAAGGUGAAUUUUGGUGAGAGCUAUGCACUCUUGUGUUGGUUAUCUUGUGGCUUUGUUAAUCACGUUCCUUGAUUAUGACUUCGAGGACCAACGCUUCCCUGUUUGCCUGGACCCUGGACCAAUAGGAAAGAAGACUGGAACUCGAUAAAUACUUGCCUCGCAGAGAGCUCGUCCCCACACCUCCAACAAACGGUCCAGCCUUCAUCAUCUCUUCUCAUCUUUCUCCCAGUUGAUUAAGAAUCCAUUCAUUCACCAUGCCUAGCUUCGCUGGAAAAUGGAAACUCGCCAACCACGAUUCCUUGGAUGCUGUCCUCGACAAGCUUCAGAUUCCCGCCGACAAGCGCCCUCCCGGUCAAAUCCCACAGCUGGACAUCAGCAUCAAACAGGAUGGUGACAACUUCGAGAUCAGCACCACGGCACAACGUGGAACACGCACGACCUCUUUCGCCGUAGGAUCACAGUUCGAGACAGAGCUCCUAAUGGGCACCGUGACCGUCAAGGUAACUGCAUCAUGGGAUGGUGAUAGUCUGGUCCUUACCGGCGAGAAGGGCGCCAAGCUCAUCCGCCAGAUCGUCGGAAGUCAACUCGUCUCAACCAUCGACGUCGGCGGGACCGUCGCCAAAUUCUACUUCAACAAAGCUUAACUUGAUAGACAUCAUGUCGUCUGCAAUAUGCCUUUGAUGAACAAAGACUGUAUAUAAUUGUAAAAAUCAUCUCAUCUCACGAAUUUAAAAUUAUCAGCACUAUUUUUGACUGAAUUCUCGACAACCUCUCAAGGUUAUACCAAUAUUUCAGCAUCUUACCACAUGCUGGACAGCUUUCCGGGAUCUCAACAUAACUAUCAUCAUUAAUACUUGAAUGGACCGUUUGUAAAUAAAUUAGCAAUAUAAAGUUAA